UGGGGCCGCCAGACUCGCGCCCGCUCGGACCGGCCCGCGCGCUCCAGCAUCCCCAAGGCCAGUUUUAGCAGCCGGGUGCUGCGGACACUACCGCGGACGCGACCUGCGGGACAGCACCGGGCAGGAGAGGCGAGGCCGGCCCCGCCUGAGCUGCACCCCGAGAUCCGGGCACCCCAGGAGCCCCCCGCCACCCGCCUGCGCCCCGCGCGGGGACAGAAGUUCUGGAAGAAGCAGCGCGACUCCUCCAGGUGAACUAUGAGCGCUUUACUCCUGCUCUUGGCAGCUCUGAGGGCCGUCACCGCCACCGACUCCAUGCACAUGUCAGCCCCUGACAACUCCCUGAGCGUCAGCAUCCCUGAGCCGUCCCCGCUGCGGGCGCCCCUGGGCAGCACCAUCACCAUCCCCUGCUACUUCAUCGACCCCGUGCUCCCCGUGACCACGGCCCCCGCCACCGCCCCGCUCAGCCCCCGGAUCAAGUGGAGCCGCGUGUCCAAGGAGAGGGAGGUGGUGCUGCUGGUGGCCACGGAGGGGCAGGUGCGGGUCCACAGCGCCUACCAGGACCGCGCGUCCCUCCCCAACUACCCGGCCAUCCCCAGCGACGCCACGUUGGAGAUGCGCAGCCUGCGUGCCAAUGACUCCGGCGUCUACCGCUGCGAGGUGGUCCAUGGCGUGGACGACAGCCAGGCCACGGUGGAGCUGGCGGUGAAAGGCAUCGUGUUCCAUUACAGAGCCAUCUCCACACGCUACACACUGGAUUUCGACCGCGCGCAGCGGGCCUGCCUGCAGAACAGUGCCAUCAUCGCCAGCCCCGAGCAGCUGCAGGCCGCCUACGAGGACGGCUUCCACCAGUGUGACGCCGGCUGGCUGGCCGACCAGACCGUCCGGUACCCCAUCCACACGCCCCGGGAGGGCUGCUACGGGGACAAGGAUGAGUUCCCAGGCGUGAGGACCUACGGCCUGCGGGACACCAAUGAGACCUACGAUGUCUACUGCUUUGCUGAGGACAUGGAGGGCGACGUCUUCUAUGCCACCUCCCCCGACAAGUUCACCUUCCAGGAGGCAGCGGCUGAGUGCCGGCGGCUUGGCGCGCGGCUGGCUACCACGGGCCAGCUCUACCUGGCCUGGCAGGCCGGGAUGGACAUGUGCAGUGCGGGCUGGCUGGCCGACCGAAGCGUGCGCUAUCCCAUCUCCAAGGCCCGGCCCAACUGCGGCGGGAACACGCUGGGCGUGAGGACCGUGUACCUGCACGCCAACCAGACGGGGUACCCCGACCCCUCGUCCCGCUUCGAUGCCAUCUGCUACACAGGUGAAGACUUUGUGGACAUCCCAGAAGACUUCUUCGGGGCCGGUGGCGAGGACAUCACCAUCCAGACGGUCACGUGGCCCGACCUGGAGCUGCCCCUGCCUCCCCGGAACAUCACCGAGGGGGAGGCCCGGGGCAACGUGAUCCUCACAGCAAGGCCCAUCUUCGAGGUGCCCCCGACAGCACCUGAGCCCCAGGAGCCCUUCAGCUUCGAGCCCGACCUGGAGGCCACUGGCUUCCCCGGGGCCGAGAACGAGACUGGGGGGGCCCCUGGGCCCUGGGACUUUGCGGAGGUGCCAACGGCUGGUCCAGGCUCAGUCACCUCCUUCACCAGCGACGACUUGGUGGUGCAGGUGACCGCGGCCCCGGGAGCUGCCGAAGUCCCUGGACAGCCGCAACUGGCCAGGGGGGUCGUGUUCCACUACCGCCCGGGCUCCACCCGCUACGCGCUGACCUUCGAGGAGGCCCAGCAAGCGUGUCUGCGCACCGGGGCAGUCAUGGCCUCCCCAGAACAGCUGCAGGCCGCCUACGAGGCAGGCUACGAGCAGUGUGAUGCCGGCUGGCUGCGGGACCAGACAGUCAGGUACCCCAUCGUGAGCCCUCGGACCCCCUGUGUGGGGGACAAGGACAGCAGCCCCGGGGUCCGGACAUACGGUGUGCGCCCCCCGUCCGAGACCUACGACGUUUACUGCUAUGUGGACCGGCUGGAGGGGGAGGUUUUCUUCAUCACCCGCCUGGAGCAGUUCACCUUCCAGGAAGCCCUGGCCGCCUGUGCCAGCCACAAUGCCACCCUGGCGUCCACGGGCCAGCUCUAUGCCGCCUGGAGCCGCGGCCUGGACAAGUGCUAUGCGGGCUGGCUGGCUGACGGCAGCCUCCGGUACCCCAUUGUGACCCCACGGCCCGCCUGCGGUGGGGACAAGCCGGGCGUGAGGACGGUCUCGCUCUACCAGAACCAGACAGGCCUCCCGGACCCCCUGUCUCGACACCACGCCUUCUGCUUCCGAGGUACAUCUGCAGUGCCAUCUCCCGGAGAAGAUGGGGACACCCCCACACUGUCCUCAGUCGAAGAGGACCUGAUGGUGACCCAAGUGGCCCCCGGAGUGGCUGCCGGUCCCCUGGAGGAAGAGAUGACCAUCACCCCUGGCUUCACAGAGCCUGAGAACCAGACGGAGUGGGUGCCCGAGCACACCCCCGCCAGCCAGUACCCACUGCCAGGGCCCCCUCCCACAUGGCCUCCCACGGACACAGCCACAGAGGAAGGCACAGAAGGGCCCUUCGUGUUGCCCGGGGCCUCGGAGGAGAUGUCCACACUCCCCCCACUGCAGCCCCGCGGGACCCAGCUGCCAGGUGCUGAGGAGACAUCCGGGGACCUCUCGGGCAGUGGAGAUGUUUCUGGCCACCUGCACGCCAGCGGGCAGCCCUCAGAAGGCCUGGACUCCACUGCCCGCCCUGACCUGGGCUCAGGCCUGCCCGAAGAGAGUGGAUCAGCCUCUGGGGAUGGAGACAGAAUUGUGGGCGCCAACGUCCCUGAAGUUGGAAAGCUUCCACCAGGAGGCAAGGAACUUGAGGGUCCGGCCUCUGGGGGUGAGGAGCUCAGUGGACUUGCUUCUGGAGAAAUUCCAGAAGUUUCUGUCUCUGGAGAAAGAGAGUUUGGUGGUGUUCCUUCUGGAGAAGGUCCAGAAGUUUCUGCCUCUGGAGAAAGAGAGUUUGGUGGUGUUCUUUCUGGAGAAGGUCCAGAAGUUUCUGCCUCUGGAGAAGGACAGUUUGGUGGUGUUCCUUCUGGAGAAGGUCCAGAAGUUUCUGCCUCUGGAGAAGGACAGUUUGGUGGUGUUCCUUCUGGAGAAGUUCCAGAAGUUUCUACCUCUGGGGGACAGGAGCUCAGUGGAAUUAGUUCUGGAGAAGUUCCAGAAGUUUCUGCCUCUGGAGAAGGGGAGUUCACUGGAAUUCUUUCUGGACAAGCUCCAGAAGUUUCUGCCUCUGGAGGACAGGAGUUCAGUGGUGUUCCUUCUGGAGAAGUUCCAGAAGUUUCUGCCUCUGGGGGACAGGAGCUCAGUGGAAUUAGUUCUGGAGAAGUUCCAGAAGCUUCUGCCUCUGGAGAAGGGGAGUUCACUGGAAUUCUUUCUGGACAAGUUCCAGAAGUUUCUGCCUCUGGAGGACAGGAGUUCAGUGGUGUUCCUUCUGGAGAAGUUCCAGAAUUUUCUGCCUCUGGGGGAAAGGAGCUCAGUGGAAUUAGUUCUGGAGAAGUUCCUGAAGUUUCUGCCUCUGGAGAAGGGGAGUUCACUGGAAUUCUUUCUGGACAAACUCCAGAAAUUUCUGCCUCUGGAGGACAGGAGUUCAGUGGUGUUCCUUCUGGAGAAGUUCCAGAAUUUUCUGCCUCUGGGGGAAAGGAGCUCAGUGGAAUUAGUUCUGGAGAUGUUCCAGAAGCUUCUGCCUCUGGAGAAGGAGAGUUCACUGGAACUCCUUCUGGAGAAGAUCUAGAAGCUUCUGCCUCUGGCAGAGGGGUGUUCACUGGAGUGCUUUCUGGAGUUCCAGAAGCUUCUGCCUCUGGAGAUGAUGACCUUGGGGCCCUUCCUUCUGGAAGGGAAAGUCUAGAAACUUCUGCUUCUGGGCUUGAGGGCCUCAGCGGCUCAGCCCCUGGGAAGGGGGACUUUGGAGGCUCUGCUUCUGGAGCCUGGGACCUCGGUGGGUUGCCCUCUGGAGUCCUGGGCAGUGGGCUCACACCAGAAGUCAGUGGCCUUCCCUCAGGACUUGGUGAGUAUUCUGGGGUGGACCUUGGGAGUGGCCCUUCCUCUGGCCUGCCUGACUUCAGUGGACUGCCCUCGGGCCUCCCCACAGUCUCCCUGGUGGACACCACUCUGGUGGAGGUUCUCACGACCACCACCGCGGGGGAACUGGAGGGGCGGGGGGCCAUGGGUGUCAGCGGUGCUGGUGAAGUCUCUGGACUGCCCUGGGGCAGCGAGCUGGACAUCAGUGGGGCGGCCAGUGGAUUUUCUUCAGGGGCCGAACCCAGCGGCCAGGCCCCUGGAGCUCCUGACAUCAGCGGGCGGGUAUCAGGGUUCCCCGGGGAAACAUCCGGGAUGCCUGAUCUCAGCGGACUCUCCUCGGGACAACCAGACAUCAGCGGAGAAGCUUCUGGCAUUCUGGUGGGCAGUGGUCAACCAUUCGGUGUGACCGGGGUGAGUGAAGGAGAAUCAGGGGUCCGCGAUGUCAGCGGGCAGCCCUCAGGGUGGCCAGAGCUCCAUGGGACCCCCUCUGGGGCGACAAGUGGCAGUGGGGACGUCACCUUUGUGGACACCCAUUUGGUGGAAGCGGUCCCAACCCCGUUUAAGGGACAGGAAGGCUUGGGGUCCGUGGAGCUCAGCGGCCUCCCUUCUGGGGAGACCGAGCUCACAAGCGCCUCUGGCACGGUGGAGGGCAGCGGCCGGGUGCUCGGAGCUGCAGAGUCCUGGGAGCUGAGCCCGCGGCCCACAGACCUCCGAGGGCUGCCGAGCAGUGAGGCGGAGGUGAGCGGAGACGCUUCGGGAGCAGAGGCUGGGAGCGGGGGUACCUCUGGCCUCCCCACGGUCUCACUGGUGGACAGGACUUUGGUGGAGUCUGGAACCCCAGCUCCCACUGCCCAGGAAGCAGAAGGACCUUCAGGCGUCUGGGAACUCAGUGGGGUCCCUUCGGGUCUCGGGGACCUAAGCGGACUCCCGUCUGGUCCAGCGGAGCCCAGCGGAACUCCCGCAAGCUCCCCACCUUUCAGCGAAGAUUUUCCCAGCGCCACCGCUGACAUCAGCGGGGACGGCUCUGCAGCCACGGGCACCAGCGAGGAACCCUCAGGGCUCCCGGAAGUCCUGGAGGGAGUCACGAGCCCCACAAUUCUGCAGGAACUGGGCCAACGGCCCCCAGAAACUCAAUUCCCCCGGGUGCCAGAGUCCAGUGGAGACGUAUCAGGAUCUGGGGACAUGAGCGGGAGCAUUCCAGGAUCCAAGACGGAAACCUCGGAGGUGCCAGAAUUCAGCAAAGAAACAUCUGCUUACCCUUCACCUGAAAUGGGGGUGUCGGCCACCCCCGAGGCCAGCGGAGGAGCCUCAGGGUCCCCUGACCUGAGUCAAGUGCCCUCAUCCUUCCCGGGGACAGCGUGGGAGGACUCCACCGCCCCGGAGCUGAGUGGAGAACCGGCAGAGCCCACUGACGCCACGUAUGUAAGCACCCGUGAUGCUUCGGGCUGGACUCUGGCCCCACCCCCGGCUUCUGGAGACAGGAUGGAGGGCAGCAGCUCCGGCCUGGACAUCAUCAUCGCCACACGAGUCCCUGAGUCUGAGUGGACCCAGGAGAGUCAGCCGCCUGCCGAGGCUCUGGUGGAAACCGAGGCAUCCAGCCCACUGCACUCGGGAGAAGACGACCAAACAGCCACUGCUGCCAGCCCCUCCACAGACGACGUGUCCAGCCUCCCGGAAGACGCUGAUGAGGCGGGAGACUCCUCUGCAGUUCGCCCCAGGUCCUGUGCCGAGGCCCGCUGUGGCGCUGGGACCUGCCAGGAGACAGAGGAUGGUGUGGUGUGCCUGUGCCCCGCUGGUCACGCCGGUGAGCACUGCGACAUAGACAUUGACGAGUGCUUCUCAAGCCCUUGUCGGAACGGAGGCACCUGCGUGGACGGGGCUGCCGCUGUUACAUGCUUGUGCCUUCCCAGCUACCGAGGCGACCUGUGCGAGACCGACCAGGAGCUGUGCCAAGAGGGCUGGACCAAGUUCCAGGGCCACUGCUACCGCCACUUCCCCGAGCGCGCCAGCUGGGCGGACGCUGAGGGCCGCUGCCGGGAGGAGGAGGCGCAUCUCAGCAGCAUCCUGACCCCCGAGGAGCAGGAGUUCGUCAACAGCAAUGCCCAGGACUACCAGUGGAUCGGCCUGAAUGACCGCACCAUCGAAGGGGACUUCCGCUGGUCAGACGGGCACUCCUUGCUAUAUGAGAACUGGAGGCCCAACCAGCCCGACAACUUCUUUGCUACCGGCGAGGACUGCGUGGUGAUGAUCUGGCACGAGAAGGGGGAGUGGAAUGACGUGCCCUGCAACUACCACCUGCCGUUCACCUGCAAAAAGGGCACAGUGGCCUGCGGACAGCCCCCCGCGGUGCAGCACGCGCGGCCCCUGGGCCGGCCCAAGGCGCGCUACGAGAUCAACGCGGUGGAGCGUUACCAGUGCGCGCGGGGCUUCGUCCAGCGCCACGUGCCCACCGUCCGCUGCCUGCCCAGCGGCCAGUGGGAGGAGCCCCGGGUCACCUGCACGGACGCCGCCACCUACCAGCGCAGACGCCGGCAGCGGAGCCCGCGGCGGCACCGACCCGCAGGACACUGAGCCCGCAGCCCGCCAGGCUGACCGCUGGCCCUCAGGGAGCCGCUGUCCAGGAGAGGGAGCCAGCCAGGCCCCUCCACCGAG